GCGGGCCCAAUGCUAGAGCGUUGGGAAGCAAAAGUGUCAAUGUUAAACAAACCUGGAUCGUUAUCAGUCGAUUCCAACAUCAUUUACAGAUAAGGCUGGUCAGUGGAGACAGGCAGCAGCAGCAGCAGGUCAGCGUUUGGAUUAAACCUAGUGAAGGAGAAGGUGCAGCUGGCCUUGCUGUUCUCAGGAAUCAUGAACUCUCUCUCGGGCAAGAGUGUGCUGGCGUUGUGUAGGGUUUUCUCCAGUCCCCUGUCACUUCCUCCUGCUAUCAUAGGGACAGUGAGGGUCUGUCACACAGGUGUGAACACCAAGGGCACAGUCUUCACCAAAAAACGAGGCUAUGAUAUCACCAGGAACCCCCACUUGAACAAAGGCAUGGCGUUCACCCUGGAGGAGAGGUUACAGCUGGGAAUCCACGGCCUUCUUCCUCCCUGUUUCCUCUCUCAGGAUGUCCAAGUGCUUCGUGUCAUGAAGAGCUACGAGACACGCAGUAACCCUCUCGACAAAUACAUAUUGCUGAUGACUCUGCAGGACAGGAAUGAGAAGCUUUUCUAUCGUGUGUUGACCUCUGACAUUGAAGAAUUCAUGCCAAUUGUCUAUACGCCUACUGUGGGCCUGGCCUGCCAACAGUAUGGGCUUGCAUUCAGAAGACCAAGAGGGUUGUUUAUCACCAUCCAUGACAAGGGGCAUAUUGCCACCAUGCUGAACUCAUGGCCGGAGGAGGACAUUAAGGCCAUAGUUGUGACGGAUGGAGAACGAAUCCUGGGCUUAGGAGACCUGGGUGGCUAUGGAAUGGGCAUCCCAGUGGGCAAACUAGCUCUGUAUACAGCAUGUGGAGGAGUACCACCUCAGCAGUGCCUGCCUGUGCUGCUAGAUGUUGGCACUGAUAAUCAGACCCUCUUGGAUGACCCCUUGUACAUCGGCUUAAAGCACAAAAGAGUGAGGGGCAAAGAAUACGAUGACCUCAUUGAUGAGUUCAUGCAAGCCGUCACUGACAGGUAUGGAAUGAAUUGUCUAAUUCAGUUUGAGGAUUUUGCGAACAGCAAUGCCUUUCGUAUUCUCAAUAAAUACCGCAACCGUUAUUGCACCUUUAAUGAUGAUAUCCAGGGCACAGCUUCGGUUGCUGUUGCUGGGAUCCUUGCUGCUCUUAAGAUCACAAAGAACAAACUCUCUGACCACAAGUUCGUAUUUCAGGGAGCAGGAGAGGCUGCCUUGGGCAUUGCUCACUUACUGAUAAUGGCCAUGGCCAAGGAAGGUGUAUCUCAUGCUGAGGCUGCCAAGAAGAUUUGGAUGGUGGAUUCUAGAGGCCUAAUUGUCAAGGGGAGAAGUCAUCUGAACCAUGAAAAGGAAGAAUUUGCACAUGAGCAUCCGCACAUCAAGACUCUAGAGGAAGUGGUGGAAACUAUUAAGCCCACAGCUAUAAUUGGUGUGGCUGCUAUAACUGGUGCUUUCACUGAGAAGAUCAUCAAGAACAUGGCUACUUACAACGAACGUCCAAUUAUUUUUGCCCUCAGCAAUCCCACAAGCAAAGCUGAAUGCACAGCAGAGCAGUGUUACACGCUUACUGAGGGAAGGGGCAUAUUUGCCAGCGGAAGCCCCUUUAAAAAGGUCACCUUGGCAGAUGGGCGCAGCUUCAUCCCUGGCCAGGGAAACAAUGCUUAUGUGUUCCCUGGAGUCGCAUUGGGAGUCAUUGCCUGUGGUGUUCGCCACAUCUCAGAUGACAUUUUCCUUACUACAGCAGAGGCGAUAUCUGACAUGGUUACUGAGGAGCAUCUGGCUGAGGGUAGACUGUACCCUCCUCUGAAUACCAUCCGAGAAGUGUCCUUCAAAAUUGCUGUUAAGAUUGUGGACUAUGCCUACCAGCAGGGCAUUGCCUCUUCGUACCCUGAACCCAAAGAUAAAGAGGCCUUUGUUUUAUCCCAUGUCUAUAACGCUGACUAUGACUCGUUCACUCUGGAUUCAUACAGCUGGCCCAAGGAUGCCAUGAAGGUUCAGAACGUGUAGAUUAUUUGACCAUCAACCUCUCUAAAGGGAUAUACUUGUAUCAGUCACAUGCCUUAUUUCUCAAUUCAUAAUCAUGACGAUAAUACACUCCAGCUCCAGGCCACCCAAUCCUAAAACUCUAGCUGUUCCCACUGAUUUGGCACGAGAUGAGCUGUAUCCGCUGUGGGCUAAAAGAGAUAAAAGAAUACAGUGUUCAUUCAAACUCAAAAUGUCUUUAGAUCAGUGGCUCAGUUCAAAAGGAAAAAAUGCAGCUCUGUUUAAAGAAGUUGCAAGCUUUUUCCCACUUAAUCAGGCUUGUUUCUCAGUGGUCCUCCUCUCCAGUAUAUUAGUUCUUCAUCAUUGUUCUGUCAGCUUUCAUUUAUCUCUAAACAGUUAUCCGCUCCAACUAUUUAGUACUCCCGCAAAUGCAAAUGUCAGUGUAGGUGUAGGGAGAGACUUUUUUUGAGACACUGGGAAAUGACAGACUGCCGGGGUUGAAAGUUUGUAUGUGAAGGGAUUUUUUUCAGGUAGGUAAAGUAGUUAUCUAGUGAGCUGCUGUGUGAAUGUAGUUAUUUUGCAAUGGAUUUUUUUUUUUUUUUUUUACACAAGUUUCUCCUGUUGUCUACACCAAAGUUUGUCUCAUUUUAAACAUAUAAUUGUCAUCAUGUAACAUAUAAAUGUCAUGCAAUGAAUACUGGAAAUUGUUAGA